UUCUUCCUUCCAAACCAUCUCUCUUCGCGAACUGUCGCUCUAUUUCCUCUCUUUGUAAUUUGCGCUAUCCUAGCUGGCCUUGGAACUGCCGCACCCCUCUUAUAACCGUCAUCCCACUUAGCGACAACAACCCCCCAUACAAGCUGUAUCUCGCCUUCACGACCACCGACCAGCACGUCAGUGGAAACGAGAUCACCAUAAAACCCGCCCAAUACAUACCAACCCAAUAAACCCUAUCCCGACUGUACAAAUAAGAAAGAAAGACAACAUGUCUCGCUCGCUCCGCCGGCUCAUGAAAGAGGCCUCGGAGCUCUCCUCCUCGCCCUCCCCGCACUUUCACGCCGCCCCAACCUCCGACGAGAACCUCUACGACUGGCACUUCACACUCGCCGGCCCCCCACCUCCAUCUCCCUACGCCGGAGGAAUAUACCACGGUCGCAUCGUUCUCCCACCUACAUACCCGCUGCGCCCACCCUCCUUCCGCUUCCUUACCCCGUCAGGCCGCUUCGAAGUCAACCGCGAGAUCUGCCUGAGCAUAUCGGGGCACCAUGAAGAGUCGUGGCAGCCGGCGUGGGGCAUCAGAACUGCGUUGCUUGCGAUUAGAAGCUUUAUGGAGGGUGAUGCCAGAGGUCAAGUCGGAGGGCUGGAGGGGGUGAGUGAUGAGAUCAGACGGCAGUGGGCGGGGAUGAGUCGCGGGUGGAGUUGUGAGGCUUGUGGAGGGAAGAGUAAUGAGGAGGUUCUGAGGGAGUGGAGGGGGUUCUGUGUUGAGCAGGGGGUUGACGUUGAGAAGGAGGAAGAUGCUGAGGGGGUGCCAGAGGAAUUGAGGAUUGGGAUUGGGAAGGAGAAGGGUGAGGGUGAGGCAAAGGAUGGUGAAAAUGGCUCUGGUGGUGCGCCUUCUCAUGGCGCAGCCAAUGCUGCUACGAACAGGCCGUCAGAUGGACCUACAGCGGACGCGACAGAAAAGAGCACGAGUACAUCUGCGCCGAGUGAGCCCGGCUCGAGUGCCGUAGCUUCGUCGACAACGGUUCAAGCACCAGUGUCUGCGAAUACACCAGCACCGGUAUCUGUACCCCCAGCUGCCCCGCGGCGGCAGCAACAACCUACCCCUACGAGGACAUCUGGCCAGCCCGCGCAAGUGGCCUCGCAGGAUAGUCCAUGGUUGGACCGGGCUAUAUUCGGCGUGCUGGUCGCGCUGAUUUUAAUGAUUCUGCGCCGGUUUGUCAAUAUCGAGGAUUAGAUUGUGUUUUGAUAUGAUCGGUUUGGAUAAGAUAGCGGGCGUUUGAUAAGUGUUUGAACUGGAUAGCUAAAAAUAUAUUUCUUGAUAUAUUCCAGCAGUCUUUCAGCAGAAGCCCUAUACUUUGGUACAGGGACCAAAAGCUUUCCAGAGGAAGGAACGACGG